CCGAGAGACGUGCCUGUAGUCACAGGGUUUAUUUAACACGUAGUCAAAAACCCACCCAGCUCUCACACUUUCAGCCGGGCCCGGAGCCUCCCUAGACAUACUACCGAGUCCGGACCUCAGGGUGAGAACGCUGCGCGGUGCCCAACUCCAGCUCACAGCGGGGAAACGCACACAGUGGAUAAAAGGAGAUACUUUUCGAUUUUUUUUUUUUUUUUUAACCUUUACGUGAUUUUUUUUUCUCGUUCUGAAGCGCGACUGCAGAGACUCAUUUGGAAGGUUUUGAAGGCUCUUUGAAGUAAUUCUUUCGGGUUUUUGCAGUUAAACGACAUGGAGAGGAUUACCAGUGCGCAACCCCCUCCCUGUGUACCAAAACACCCAUCACUGGAUAUAGCAGACAUGCCAGGAAUGGAUUUUCCCAUUUAUGUGUACAAACCCAGAAGGGGCAUAAAGCGCGGGGAUGAGAGCAAGGAGACAUACAAGUUGCCACACCGACUGAUCGAAAAGAAAAGACGUGACAGAAUCAACGAAUGCAUUUCCCAGCUGAAGGAUUUGUUACCAGAACAUCUUAAGCUUACAACGCUGGGUCAUUUGGAGAAAGCCGUGGUGCUGGAGCUCACUCUCAAGCAUGUGAAAGCCCUGAGUGCUCUCCUGGAGCAGCAGCAGCAGAAAAUUAUCGCGCUACAGAAGGACCUGCAAAUUAGUGAUCAUGGAGGUGACAGUGCAGAGAGCAGCGAGGAGAUGUUCCGCUCAGGCUUUCACUUGUGUGCGAAAGAGGUCCUCCACUAUCUGGCCAGCCAAGAAAGUAGCAGGGACCUGACCCCUUCCCAUGUCAUCGGCCACAUCCAAAAAGUAGCAGCUGAAGUCCUGCAGCAUCGAAGCAGCCUACACCCAGAUGAGUCCAUCCCUCAAGCUUCGGAGAAACUGAAGAAACCUGCUGGACAGCCGCCGAGGGUCUCUGAGGGCCCCGCUAAGAACUGUGUUCCUGUUAUUCAAAGGACUUACCCCCACGGGACGGGGGAGCAAAGCGGCAGUGACACAGACACUGACAGCGGGUAUGGGGGAGAACACGACAAGCGUGAGCCCAAAGCCCAGUGGUCAGAAAGCCACGCGAGGGAGGGGGAGCUCAAGCACGCUGUGUCUGAGUGUGCGGCCGGUGCCAUCAAGCAGGAGGGCGAUGAGCCUCAGGCCAAGAGGUCAAGGUCUGACUCCUCGGAGGACGAGAUUCUCUCUGGUCAUGCAGCAGGAGGCCCCGGAGGCUACAUGAGCUUCUCGCCCAACCAGCCCCCGUUUUGCCUCCCCUUCUACCUCAUACCCCCCGCAGCUGCAGCAGCAGCAGCGUACCUGCCAAUGCUGGAGAAAUGCUGGUAUCCUGGGGGCAUGCCAGUUAUGUACCCAGGCAUGGGUGGCUCUGCAGUGAGUUUGCCCCCAGAGACACGUCCCUCAUCCCUGGUGAUGUCCCCAAGGGCAUUGUCUCCGGUCCCCCACCAUCCCGCCAUGGACUCCCCUGCUCUUCACAAAGCUUUAAAGCAGGUCCCCCCUUUGGGCUUGGAAACCAAAGACUAAACAGAUGUGUUUCUGUUGGACCGUUGCCCUCCGAAUGUGGAACGGGGUUAAAUGGGUGGCCCUCUGAAAAGACUUUAAACACACAAAGGCACUGGUAUCCCUUCAAACCACAGCCGUUGUUCGGCCCAUCAGAACACUGACCCCAGCAAAGAACCCCAAAUGGUCCCCACCAUACUGUAUAUCAUCAGCUUCUCACACAUUGAAACAGGUUUUUUUGGGGGGCCACCUUCAUUGCCCAUGCAAAGGUUCAUAUAUUACCUGCUGCAUGGCUCUGAAACACUGUGAAAAUGGUCAGUUUAAAGAUGAUGAGUGCUCAAGAGGUUGCAAAAGCGUUUUUUUUUUUGGUUUUUUUUUAAGCAAGGUUCGCCCUCUCCGCACUCAUUGUUGAAUGUCAGAGGUAAAACCGGAAUAAAAGGCACAGAUACCCCCCCCCCAAAAAAAUAUUUGGACCUACUUUUGCACACACAUCUGUCUGAAAUGAAUGUAAGGAUUGAACAACAGGCCCUUGUAGAUGCUGCUUGAAUUAUUAUUACCUGCUGUAGAUCUGAGAAUGGAGGAUCUACCUUCAGUGUUUGUCGCUCCUGUAACUGCAACAAAACUUCUUCUUUUUUUUCUUUUUCUUUUUUUUAGACUAGAAUGUUACCAAAAAAAAAUGUCUGGCUCAUGUUGACCUCACACGUCAUAAGAGACAUUGCUUCUUUCACCCUUCAGUUACCUUGGAGCUAAAUGAACACAAGUGUUCGUGAUAUUCAAAGAAUUCAGGGCGUUGUCGCUGUACGAGGUGUGUCACUCCUGUCUGUUGAAGAGUGAUGUGGCCAUACGUGCUUUUAUGAUUUAAUUUGUGAUUCAUGACUAUUUGUGCAUCUAGAUGGAGAUCCUGUGAAGUAAUGUCUUGUAAUAAUUUUUGUUUGUACUACUCAAACAUCUCUAUUUUUGAUACGUGACCCACUGAGUGUAUUUGCAUCACUACCAGACGAGGGUUGAGGUAGUCUUUUGCUGUAUGCCAGUAAAACGUGUACAGUAUAUAGCAUCAUGCUCAGCCAGAUUUGCAUCUUGCCCACAAAUUCCCAGUCAAGUUAAGGCCUGAUCUUAGCUCAUGCUGUUGCCUUUACUCGUUUAACGCAGACACGACGGCAGGUGUUUAAAUGUAUUUGCUUUAAAUGUCGUGUCUGUGGCAAAGAGAGUGAAUGUAAAGUUCAAAUAAAAAUAAUAGUUUUGUAUAGAAAGAGGUACUUGGGAUUCUUAUUUUGAAAUGUAACACAAGGUUGUUUGUUGUACAUAUUUUGUAUAUAAAGUAUUAUUGAUAUAUAUUAAAAUAUUAAUAAAGCUUUCCCCCCCGUGGAAUUUGUGUUUCACUGCCCAAUGGCUUAAAUGUGUUGUAGCCAGCCAACCUGACAGCUCCUCAUAACAACACAUACUUACAUAACACUUACAUAACCCAAAAAGCAGCAGACACUUUGUAAAUCAAUAGCAUGUCUUAGAUUACAGGCUGUAAACAUUUCAAAUUCUAAAAAAAAACGAAGGAAUUAUGUGAAGUGAACUUUGGCAAAUGCUCGCAUUUCUAAAUUUUUUGCAUCUUUUAUUGGCACC